UGGUGCUGCUAUUUAGAACAUAACCGUUAGAUUAGAGUCAAAUGGUUUCGUGGAUUGUGUUUGGAAAUGGAGCUAAUCUCUCUGACUUCUACACUCACACACACACACACACACACACACACACACACACACUCAUAUAAGCUUUUUAAACUGCUGAAGUGUCUGUUUUCAUCAUUAAUUCUUAUUUUAUUCAUCAUCGAUGCAACUAAAUUGCAGACUAAUAUUACCCCAAACAGGAUUCCAAACAUAUGCAUCACUAACCAGUUUAAAGGAACCACCAACCAUGCGUGCAUGCUGCCCUUUGACCGCUUUUUAUAUUGGUGUGAGUGUUAUAAAGAUGAACAGUGGAAUUGUCUGUUUUCAAGCAGCAACAUGGAGCCCGGGAGGACGCUCCAAGCACGUCUAACUCUGUUAAUCCUUGUAAGCAGCAGCUACGGAGGACACUUGAAAUCAGGGCCCACUCUGAAAAUGGACCAGGCUCUGUUAACAUUACAUAACCAGCUGAGUGAAGAAGUGCAGGUCUUCUACACAUCAGAUUACUGCUACAAGUGUGUGUACCAGCAGUUAGUUACUGUGAAACCCAACAACAAUUAUUCAUCUGCGGUGGUCAGCACUAAAUUCACUCUGACUCUGCAAGUGGAAUCACAGAGCAGGAAUGCAACUCUUUGCAGGUGGAGUCAGACAUAUGGAGAAGGUGGUCAUUACUCCGUUCGGAUCCAGAUGUCCGAGGCUGCCAGUAAACCCAGCUGCAUCGACGCUGUGGAUAAGAAACCAAACAAUGCGCACCUGCCUCUUCUGGUGGCAGCUCUCUUACUGGCCAUAAUCGCUCUCUUGUUCGUUGUGGCACCCUACAUCUACAGGAGGCGUUGUACAUCCAAACUUAUUAAGACCAUGUGCUGCCAGGGCCCACAGUACCCCAUGGAUAAUGACCGAGCACAGGCUUGUGAAGCUGAGCACGAUACCACUAAAGCUAAACCAGCACGUCUGCUCUCACUGGACACUUUCCGAGGGUUUGCCCUGACGGCGAUGGUGUUUGUGAACUAUGGAGGAGGAGGCUACUGGUUCUUUCAACAUGCACCAUGGAAUGGUCUAACUGUGGCAGAUCUUGUCAUGCCGUGGUUUGUGUUUGUUAUUGGGACUUCAGUGGUGUUGGCUUUCAGAUCCAUGCAGAGGAGAGGAGUUAGCCGCCUGCAGCUGCUGCGCAAGAUCUCCUGGAGAACAGUCGUCCUCCUGAUGCUUGGCUUCUGCUUCCUCAACUACUCUCCACGAGACGGACCACUGUCCUGGUCCUGGCUGAGGGUCCCUGGAGUGCUGCAGCGUCUGGGCUUCACCUACUUUGUUCUGUCUCUCCUGCAGACCUUCUGGGGCCAGAAAGAAAUCCCACUGAGAGCGAACCCCUGGUGGAGCCCCGUCCAGGACGUGGUCCUCUACUGGCCACAGUGGCUGAUUAUCAUCCUGCUUGAGGCUCUGUGGCUCUGCAUCACUUUGCUCAUGCCCGUACCCAACUGCCCCACAGGGUAUUUGGGAGCUGGUGGAAUCGGUGAUAACGGUCUUUACCCAAACUGCACUGGAGGCGCAGCAGGAUACAUUGAUAGCUGGAUGUUCGGUGACAACAUGUACAGAUAUCCUACAUGCAAAGAAAUGUAUCGCAGCACGCAGCCCUUUGACCCAGAGGGGGUUCUGGGUACAAUCAACUCCAUUGUCAUGGGAUUCCUGGGGAUGCAGGCCGGGAAAAUCAUCAUGUUCUACAAGGGGACGAACAUCCGCAUCCUCUGUCGAUUCCUAGUGUGGGCCUUCAUCCUGGGAAUCUCUGCAGCCAUCCUUUCUAAGUGCACACGAGACGGAGGAUUUAUACCUGUCAAUAAAAACCUUUGGGAUGAACUCCAUCUUUGUCUAUGUUGGCCACUCUCUCCUGGGUUUCUACUUCCCCUUCAGCUGGGAGAUGCGCUUCCAGGAGAGCCACUGGGAGUGGCUCUUCCAAAGCCUGUGGGCGACCGCUCUGUGGGUGCUCAUCGCUUACCUGCUGUACAGGAAGAAAUUCUUCCUCAAAAUAUAAACCAGGAUGAUCAAAUGUCCCCUUUUCAUUCUAUAGAUGCAAUUUUUUUUUGUUCGACGCAAACGAUAUUCAUGUUAAAUUAUAUAGAUUAUCAUAACUUCAGUGGGAAAAAUCUGGCCUACUGUUGUUUGCAUUUGAAUGAAUUGUACUGAUGCUAAUAUCCAAGCCUUCUGAUAAAACAAGCCGCUCAGAGAAAGUGCUUUUAAGUUUUUAUCAAACAUGCUGCAGCACAGCAAACAAGUAUGAAAAUGUUCAUCCAUGAAACCCAUUAAAUCGGCACAUAAUUUCUAAAGAACAUGUCUGAUUCAUUGUCGGUGUGGGCAGCUGAGGAUUUAUUUGAUGCCACUUGUUUUGUGCACUGAAUAGACUGAUUAAAUCAAAUAUACUGAGGUGGUACUUAACAAAUUACGCCGAGUGAUUCCACUACACACCAGGCCAGCCAUUAUGAGUCUGUUGCCAUGGCCACUCCUUCUCCUUCUGUCUGUGUGUGUGUGUGUGUGUGUGUGUCUGUCUGUGUCUGUGUGCGUGUGUGUGUGUGUGCGUGCGCGUGCGCCGAUACCAUCUGCUGUCCGAGUGACAGUACUUUAAUAGGGGUCAAGAUGCACAGCUCACAAAGGAGUUUCAUUAAUGGGACCGACACCUCUUGCACUCAUUGUAUUAGAAAAUCAGGGAAAUUACACAAAUCCAAUUCAUCAGAGAGCAGCGACGUGCCCCCUCAUAGAG